GAGCUAUGUUCACGCUAUAGCGGCCGUUUAUAGCUCAACGCUAAACCCCGAAAUGCUGUCUCUGCGGAAGACGUCCAGCGUUCGCUUUAGUUUACCCCGAUGAACUGUGCACAUGUAAUAGGUUGUGUUCAUUGGUGUGGGCAUAGACUGUGACGAGAAGGGGCCGGGGCACCCGAGAUGGCCGAAGCGAACCAGUGGUUCGUCCGGCUCGCUGGCCGCUUCUGGGCGCCUCAAAGGACGGGCUUGACUAUUCCUGCUGUUUUCUAUAUCCCAUGCUCGUGGAACCAGGAAUUGGUGCUAGAAAGACGACAGUUGCUUGUUGAUCUGCUGUAUGGCUUCAGCUUCCAGCAGACAAACAGCAGCUUACGAAGAAUAACCUACACGCUUAUAUGAUUAUGAAACAGAUUAAGCCGAAAAGAGGUUUGGCGGGUUCGCCAUGUCAGGCCGUGUCGACCAGCACGCCCCCAGCAUGUUCCACGCCCAGAGGGAGGAGCUUUUCUUCCUAUGGAUUUGGCUUUUCCCCAAACAGCUUUCCAAGUCAGGAAACGUGAUGUGUGCACGGGCGAUUUCUUACUGUCACCAAUUAUGAAAUCACCAAUUGAGCGUGGCAGUACGGUAUGCCCCAAGGCCUUCGACACCUGCGUCUUGGGCACGCUCGUCGUGAUGCCGGGCUUCUUCAAGCGCUGGCCCAAGACGCACUGGCACUUCGAGAAGGUGGCACCAGGCGGCUACCUGGGCGUGGGCAACGAGGCGGAUGGCACCUGGCUGGAGCUGGAGAGCCUGCUGUGAGAGCCUGCUUUGUAUGACAGCCAGCGGGUGGAAUGGCAGCGUGGAAUGGCGUAUUAGUAUUUGUUAAUGCCUAUUGCAUGUAAAUAGGUGGCAGGGAAAAUUUGGGCGGAGCGAGAAGUGCCUUCUCGCGUCCAUGGACAAUUGACUUUCGCAAGGUCGCGAGGAAAGCAUCCAGUGCCCGAUGAUAUGCAGUCUCUAUGGCAAACUAUGUUGGCGGCAUGCAAUGCGGGGAAGUAUAUCGAAAGUUUUGAGCGACUUGCUGAGUCAUGCCUGCCGACGCGCCAGAAUGCCGAGAAGCCCCGAGGUCGCCCCCGCCCCGCGCCUAGCCCUUUGAGCGUGGGGCGCCGGGGAGGUGUUGAGUAUGGCAGG